CGCGUCUUCAACUUCAAGUUCAAGCCCGACUCCCACUUUCGUUCCACAUUCGCUUUCCCCAUGACUGACCAGCAGCAGCAGCGUCGCUCUCCUUCCAUUGUGGUUACCGCGCCAAUGCAGCUCCAUCAGCAGAGUCAGCCCCACGCUGCCGUACUCGCGGCCUCGUACCCCACGGGCCCUUUCUUCCAGCACCAGCCCUCGUUCGGUGCGUCGUUCGGGUCGCCACCGCCGCCCCUGCAGCUCCAGAGACCGGGAGGCGACAACCAGCCCGCUCAGCCCGUCGCCUCACCGGUGCACCUCCAGAAGCACGUGGGGUUCCGUUCGCCGAGGUACAUUCCGUCGCCUGCUCACUCCACCAGUGGUUCGCCCAAUCGUUCGUCGCUGCUGGGGAUGCCGCCCGGCGACAUCCGACCCGCUCCGCCCGUGUAUGUGCCGACGCCACGGUACUCGUACCUGCCUCGCGGCAGCCAGGUGCUGAGCAUGUACAGCGCCCAGCAGCCGAUGUCGGUGCACCCGCUGCUGGUGACGGAGCAGGGGUUGAGUCCGGUGUCGACCUAUCGUGUGUCGGGGGGUUCGUUGGCCUACGGGGAGGGGGCGCCCUCGUCGCCCAGCGGGUCGAUAUCGCCUCCACCACACAUGAUGCAGGGGGGGUCAUCGCCGCUGGCUCGGUGCGAGAAGUGGACCGACGCCGCGAACAUCUUCAAGGCGCGCAUUGGGUAUUCGCUGCCGGGGCUGCGCGAGGACUUCGCGGCGGUAUAGAACACGAAAGGAGGGAGGGAGGAACGAAGAGAGACACGUGCUCUUUGGUGUGUGGGUGUGGUUGGGUUGUGGAUUUUCAGGUUGUGUCGGUGUUUGACAAGGAGUUCCAGACGUUGAAGGCCCGGCUGGAGGAGACGACCAAGCGGCUCGAUGACGUGCUCGCCAAUAUCGAAAAGGAAAAGGAAACCACUGAUAAACCAAAAAAAGAGCAUUAAUCCUGAAGGUACGAUGGAUGCAUCGCACAGCUACGCAGGCCGGAAGGGAGACGCGAUUGUUCUUUCUUUGCUGUGUUCGGCAGGGUGCGGUGCGUGGAAUGGCUGAAGGGUUAUGGAAUCAUGUGUGGAUUCAUGUGUGCAUUUGUGGGCUGAAGGACUGACAUGACAUGGGUGGAGAGUGACUCUCAAAGCAGAGUGGUAUGAGCCGAUGGAUGACACGGCCGGUCGCUCUCGCAUGGGGUACUUAAACAUGCACUGC